AUGAGCGGUCUCCGUUUCCUUGACCUCAUCAAACCCUUCACGCCCCUCCUGCCGGAGGUGGCAGCCCCGGAGUCGAAGGUUCCCUUCAACCAGAAGUUGAUGUGGACAGGAUGUACGCUGCUCAUCUUUUUGGUCAUGAGCCAGAUGCCUCUGUAUGGCAUCGUCUCAUCUGAUACCUCCGAUCCCAUCUACUGGCUGCGUAUGAUGUUGGCCAGUAACAGGGGAACUUUGAUGGAAUUGGGAACGACGCCCAUCAUCUCCUCGGGGAUGGUUUUCCAGUUGCUUGCCGGUACCCACCUGAUUGAUGUCAACCUCGACCUCAAGUCCGAUCGCGAACUCUACCAGACCGCGCAGAAGUUGUUCGCCAUUAUCCUGUCCUUCGGCCAAGCCUGCGUUUUCGUCCUCACUGGUCUCUAUGGCCAACCAAGCGAUCUCGGUGCCGGUAUCUGUCUCCUCUUGAUCGUCCAGCUGGUCAUCGCUGGCUUGGUCGUGAUUCUCCUCGAUGAGUUGCUACAAAAGGGAUAUGGUCUUGGAUCGGGCAUUUCGCUGUUCAUCGCGACAAACAUCUGCGAGUCGAUCGUGUGGAAGGCAUUUUCUCCCACCACCGUCGACACUGGUCGUGGCAAGGAGUUUGAAGGCGCGGUCAUUGCUCUUUUCCAUUUGCUCGUCACUUGGCCAGACAAGACUCGCGCGCUUCAUGAAGCUUUCUACCGACAACACCUUCCGAACAUCAUGAACCUUCUUGCUACAUUGGCAGUCUUCGCUGCUGUCAUCUACCUCCAGGGUUUCCGCGUGGAGAUUCCUGUCAAGUCCUCACGCCAGCGUGGUAUGCGCGGUUCGUACCCGGUGCGCCUGUUCUAUACCUCCAACAUGCCGAUUAUGCUGCAAUCCGCUCUGGCGUCCAACAUCUUCAUGAUCAGUCAGAUGCUCUACACUCGCUUCUCGGACAAUCUCUUGGUCAAGAUGAUCGGCACUUGGGAACCAAGAGAGGGAUCUUCCCAGCUUUAUGCUUCUGGUGGAAUUGCCUACUACAUGUCUCCUCCUCUCAGCUUCCGCGACGCACUCGUCGAUCCUAUCCACACGGUCAUCUACAUCACAUUCAUCAUUGUAACCUGCGCCGUCUUCUCCAAGACUUGGAUCGAAGUGUCUGGUUCGGCCCCACGUGACGUGGCCAAACAACUUAAGGAGCAGGGUCUCGUCAUGGCGGGUCAUCGUGAGCAGAGCAUGUACAAGGAGUUGAAACGUGUCAUCCCCACUGCUGCAGCAUUCGGCGGUGCUUGCAUUGGAGCCCUCUCGGUUGCCAGCGACAUGCUUGGAGCUUUGGGAAGUGGAACAGGUAUUCUGUUGGCCGUGACCAUCAUCUACGGCUAUUUCGAGAUUGCGGCCAAAGAGGGUGAUUUCGGCGGCAAUCUCAAAGGCUUGAUUGCUUAG